AAGGAUUUUGCACGUGUUAGCAACAGAACAGCAGAGAUACGUUACUGUGUAAUUCUAACCGCAAUUAAUAAUCUAGAAAUAAAAUGAAUGAAGAUUCAGAAAAAGUGAUCAAAACGGACAAAGUAGUAAAUCGUGACAAAAAGGCUAAGAGAGGAAUAAUAUACCUGUCCACAAUUCCGAAAUAUAUGAACGUUACAAUGAUUCGGGAGAUAUUUUCCGCUUACGGAGAAGUGGACAGAGUGUAUUUGCAGCUAGACGAAAAUCCACAGUCAAUGAAAGGCACAAAGAAACACAAGAAAGCAAUCAAACAUUUUUCGGAAGGUUGGGUGGAAUUUAAGAAAAAAAAGGUAGCAAAAUUUGUGGCUCGAACAGUAAAUAACACUCAGAUAUCCACAAGAAAGAAAAGUAAAUUCUACGAUGUCAUAUGGAACAUAAAGUACUUGCCUAGGUUUAAGUGGGUUCACUUGUGCGAACGCUUGGCAUAUGAACGUGCGGUUCACAAACAAAGACUUUUGACUGAAAUAGCACAAGCUAAGAGAGAAGUCAACUUCUUCUCCCAUAAUGUAGAUAGAAGUAAAAAAUUGCGCAAGAAACAAGAACAAGGAGGAGAGGUGUCGUUCACGUUACCUGAAGUUAAGCAGAGAGAUACUGAUGGUGAAAUAAGAAGUAGAAAAGCCCAAACACAAGAAGACAGAACAGAGUUCCUUAAAUCAAUAUUUGGAUAAAAUGCAAAGUGUAAUGUACAAGUAUGUGUAAAGUUUUAUAAUUUUUAUUAGAGACAAAUAUAUAAUUUAUAAAAGAU